AUGAAGAGAAAAGAAAAGAAAGAACGAGAGAAAACAACAACAAUAUUCAAAAUAACACAAUCAAAUAUCAAAUUCAUAUCACUUGGAGAUGGAAUAUUAACAAAUAAGAAAGCAAUUGAACUUCAAGAAGGAGAAGAAAUUAAAGUGAAUGAAGAAAUACGAGAAUUGAUUUGUAUUGGAAAUGAUAAAAAAGAAAAGAUGAAGAUACAAAUAAGUAGUAAAGAAGAAAAUGAGAAAUAUUCAAUUAGAACAAACCCAAAUGUCAUUAUAAUUGAAGGAGGAUACGCAUGUGAAUUUGAAUUAUUCAUUAUAAUCAAAUGUACAACUAAAAUCAAAGAUAAAAUAAUGAUAAUUAGUAAAACACUCAAUAAAGCACAAGAAGAAACAAUCAAAAGUAUUUCUAUUGAAGGAGAAACAGAAAUAUCAACACGACUUGAUCCAGAUGAAAUAAAAGAAGAAAAGAAAAUAGGAGAAGGACCAUUUAGAGUUGUUUAUGUUGGAGAAUUUAGAAGAAAUAAAGUAGCAAUUAAGAAAAUGAAACAAGUUGAAGAAAGUGAAGAUAAAAAGAAAGAAUUUGAGAAAGAAGUAGCAAUGUUAGAUAAAUUUCGAGAUGAAUAUAUUAUUCAUUUUUAUGGAGCAGUAUUUAUUCCUAAUAAAAUAUGUAUUGUAACCGAAUAUGCAGAAUAUGGAUCAAUACAAAAUAUAAUAAAUAAAAGAAAAAUUACAGAAAUACCAAAGAAAAUAAGAAUCAAAUUUAUGAUAGAUGGAGCAAAAGGAAUUUCAUAUCUUCAUUCAAAUGGAAUAUUACAUCGAGAUAUUAAACCCGAUAAUUUCCUUGUUGUAUCACUUGAUGAUAACAUUGAAGUUAAUUGUAAAUUAACGGAUUUUGGAAGUGCAAGAAAUAUUAAUAUGAUGAUGACAAAUAUGACAUUCACAAAAGGUGUAGGAACACCAAAAUACAUGGCACCAGAAGUAUUAAAUCAUCAACAUUACAAAAUGCAAUCAGAUAUAUAUUCAUUUUCAAUAAUAAUAUUACAAUUCAUUACAUAUUUCUUCUUUCAUUAUAAGUUAUGUUUUUAA